CCUGCCUGCUGUUUUGUGAUUAGAAAGUAGAGGGGGGAAAGACUUCUUCUUUUCCUGCCUGCUAUAAAGUGCUAAGACGAAAAAACUAAAAAAUCGGCCAGGCAUCAAAAUGGGUGCCUACAAAUAUGUUCAGGAGUUAUAUCGCAAGAAGCAAAGCGAUGUGUUGAGGUUUCUGCUUCGAAUCAGAGUCUGGCAAUACCGCCAAAUGACUAAAAUGCAUCGAGCGCCCCGUUCCACCCGCCCUGAUAAGGCAAGGCGACUCGGAUAUAGAAAUAAGGAAGGUUUUUGCAUAUUCCGUAUCAGAGUACGCAGAGGAGGCCGCAAACGCCCAGUUCCUAAGGGAGCUACUUACGGCAAACCUAAGAGCCAUGGAGUCAACCAACUCAAACCGACCCGUAAUUUGCAGUCUGUUGCGGAGGAACGUGUUGGACGUCGUUGCGGGGGUCUGAGAGUAUUAAACUCUUACUGGGUCGCCCAGGAUUCUACAUACAAAUAUUUUGAAGUCAUCUGCGUUGAUCCAUCCCACAAGGCAAUCCGACGAGACGCAAAAGUCAAUUGGAUCGUCAACGCAGUUCACAAACAUCGUGAAAUGAGAGGCAAGACUUCAGCCGGUCGCAAGUCGCGAGGCCUGGGCAAAGGUCAUCGGUUCUCUCAGACCAACGGAGGUUCUCGCCGGGCCGCCUGGAAGAGAAGGAACACUCUGCAACUUCGCAGAAAGCGUUAAAUGUGAACUACUUUGUUAUUUCCAUAAUAAAAUACAAUCUGAUAUUGUU